UAUUUGGCACUUCACACCGAACUAUUGCUGCAAAAUUUUUGGGGAUUUAUUUUCGCUCAUACAUGAACGAUGCAAAAUAGGAAUUUAUUAAACUUCAACAACUCUGAGUCGUGAUGCCUCCUCAAGUGCUGUGAUGUGAUGAUGGAAGUACGCAGCAAACAGAAACGUCUUGGCCCAGCGCCAAUUGCUUCAUUCGAGAAAUCCUUCGAGGAUCCUUCACCAUUGACUGUAGCAGCUACAGCUGCUCAAACAGAAUUUGCUGAGCUAAGCAAUAAUAUAGGCCUGGAUGAUGGCGAUGAGGACGAGGCACCACUAACCCAAGUGGCAGAGGAUAAUCGUAGAAAUGGCACAGCAUGUGGCAAUGCGGAUGGCUUUGACGAAUACAGCCAUGGCGAGAUUGGUCCUAGGACUAUGGCUGCCGCUGGGAGGAUGGAUAUAAAUGAUAGUGGCACAACAUGUAAAAAGUCCAUAACAACGAAGACGGCAAUGGCCACGACAACCUCCAUUAAAAUGACAACAACAGCAGCCACGCCAGUCGAUCCCCCCACGAUGACCACGACGACGACCAGUGUGGCGGGCCACCACGCCAUGGGUAGCUCAAAAAUGAGACAGGAUAACAACAAUAGGCAACAGCACCCAGGAAAGGUACCCCCGGCGCCCCCCACAAGAUCGGCCACCACGACGACCACGGCAAGGGCCAACAGCAAUAGCAAUAAUGCCAUGGCGCACACACUACACACUGCAGGCGGUGCUGGGGCGGCAAUGCGCGGUCCCACCGCCACCUUAUGUACCCCCUCAACGCCACGCAUUGAACUGAGUCGAGCCUCAUCAUCGUCGCAUCAUGAGGAGGAUAGUCGUGACAGUAGUCCCGAAAAUGUCUUUGAACAGGUGGGCACUGGCACCCUACAGGAAUCAUUGGAUAUGGGUUUUCGAGAGGAAGGUGCUUUGGAAUUGCGUAGCUCAACAGAGGAAUUGUAUUUUAUGGAUCCGGCGCAUAAGAAGGAAGAGGAAGCCAAAUUGCAGCAAUUGCUGCAACAGUUGAAGGAAUAUUUGGAGGCCAAACGUUCAUCGCCGCACAUGUUCAAAAUUGAAGAUCAUCAAACAUAUUUGCAACAACACCAACGCAAAGACUCAGCCAGCUCAGAGGUGGCUGCUUUACUUUGUAUCUCUGGUCGCACCAGCCGCAUCUCCAGUGUUGGCAGUCAGGGGUCGGCUGUAAGUCGCCUCUCUGCCGUUUCGGGAGUUUCACGUUCACCAUCGCCACAUCGCAUGCUUUUGGAGACUUCAUUUUGUGGCCCCAAGCCAGUGGAAACCAUCAUUGGUGUAAGUGUGGGUUCGGUAGCCGAUCACCCGGCCACAGCGCUACUCGAACAGGUGCUGCUGGCCCGCAAUCAAGACACUACACAGGCUAUAUUAGCCGAAGGCAUACAAUUGGAAUCAUCGCCCAAACGUAGACCACCCACCUCCUUGACGAAUGGAGAUGCUAAGCUGACGGCCAAAAUUAAAGCACAAAACAAGCCCGAAACACGAGAUGUCAACGAAAUUUCUGUAAUGGGUGCCCAGCGUGCCGCCACCAAGAGCCCCGGUCAGAUGAUAGUGGGUAAGACCCCCAGUGGUACCGAAUAUAUACGUAUUAACCUUAAGCCAGACCAUAUGUACGACGACCAAGGUAUUGCGCCCCAUGAAAAAGUAGUAGAAGCUCCCGAUACUCUUGUCCCUGUAUAUGCUCGUUCGCAAACAAAACCUGCCUCUCUGUGUCUAACACAAAAAUCUAAAGGAGAUAAUCUUUUAACACCCACAGUGAGUCCCAAGCCUUCGCGUAAGUCAAAGGACCAUGGUAGUCGCUCGCCUUCCCCGGCUACCGUUUCGGUUUCCCGGAAAUCUUCGUUCAGUUCGUUAUUCCGUUUUGGCGGUGGGGGCAAGGAUUCGCCUGACUCGCCGCGCGAUCGAGCGCGACCACGCAGCAAAAGCAAAGAACGUGGUCAAACGCCCCAGUCGCAGAAUCCCACACCCAAUAAGCAGAAAUCGGUAUUGGCCAUAUUCAAGCCGGGUAAGCGAGGUAGCUCGGCGGGAGCCGAAAGCACCAGGGCAUCGAAGUCAUCAUCACCCAUAGAUUCGCACGAAAUGCAACAGCUCCAGCCCCGAAGUAAAUCGCAGACGCCUGUCGUUCAGUCGGCAAGUGGCUCGAGACCCAAUAGCCGCCUGCGGUACUAUGACGACCCGGUCGAUGGCUACAUACACAUACCGCUGCACACGCCACCCGAAGAGAAGGAGGCACGCAAGAUAUUCCAGAACAUCCAAAGCCUUAAUACUUCUGCUGCUCCAGUUUUUACUGCUCCCUCGACUACACCUGUUCCGCCUCCGGUCAUGCCGGAGCCAGUGAAGCUUCCCCAGGCCACAGCCAUAACCAUGAGCGACUUGCAGGCCGCUGUUAAAAAUCUAAAACCAGUAGGGGCCCGAAAAAACUCGAUAUCGGGGGCACACGUGCCCCCGGCCCCUCCACCACCUCCACCAGCAGCAGCAGUGGCGGAAACAAAGGUUACGACAAUAGUCACGCAACAACAACGCGCCCAGGUUCCCCUUAGGCACAUUGAAAACCUCGAUGCCAUACACACCUUGCCGCAGGACGAUGAUAGCAAGGAGCGCACCUGGAGUCUAGAAGUUAAUCGUCACAGCUCCCAGGACUCGCAAGAGACAGUGGGCUCGGGUGAGAGCUAUGCGAGCGCCAUACGGGUUGCCACCCAAAAACCCCAAUUGGCCGAAGUCAAGGAGCAUGUGGUCCAGGAAAAUGGUAUCGAAGCUGAAAUCCAUCGCCUUCCCUCCGUGGAGAGUACCACCAGUGCGGCUGAUGUACGAGUGGUCGAGACUAAGGCCACCAUCAAUUCGGCAGCCAUGCUUGAGGGAGAUGCCAGCACCAAGGAGAGAAGAAAAAUCCUAUUCACUACUCGCCUGGGUUCUGGCAGUCAAGAUCUGAUAUUUGCCACUCAGUUCAGUAUAUCGAAGACAGAUAGUGUGUCCAGCCACAUGUCCGAGAAUACCCAGGACACUUUGUCGGCAGAGUCCAACAAUGACAACUUGCGGAGACAGAACACCGUCAUAAAAAAGUCGCCCGAAGAAGGCCCAUCGGAUCAACCGCAGAUGAGUAGAAAGGAUUCCUUUAAAAUUGAGCGCAAGGAUUCAUUUAAAAUGUCUCGCAAAGACUCUUUCAAAAUGGAUCGUUCGGAGCCAAGAGAAGAACUCGAACGCAAGGAAUCGUUUAAAAUCGAGCGCAAGGAGUCUUUUAAGAAAUCCCCACAAGCCAUAGCACAAAUCGAAGAGCAAAGGGAAAUCUUAAAGAAAUCGGAGACCCGAGAAUCUCUGAAGAAGCAGGACUCCUACGAACGCCAAAUGAUGAUGGGUCGCAAGAAGUCAGUGUCCACGUCAGAAGAUGAAAUGAAAAAGAGACCCACCUCGGCCUCAGGUCCUCCCGUGGUAUUGCGCCGCAAGCCUUCCUCUGGCGAAGAAUAUGCCAAAACCCAUCAGUCUCGCUCAACCUCGGAGGAUGACAACGAAGUUGCCUUGGCAAAUCAUCGUCAUUCGAGGUACCUAGAGAACUUUGAUGUGCGUAAGAAGUACCACGAAAAUGUCCAGGGGCCGCCUUUGCCACGCAAACCCCGACGACAGAGUGGUGGUCAAGAUAAUAACCCACCUGAAACUAUUCAAACCUCCCAGGAGCUAACUAAAGAGCAAUAUCAACGUAAACCACAACCACAGCUGCCUCAACCUCCGCCACCCUCUACAGAUCCUACCCCACUACCCUCACCAUCCCGCAGGGAGACGGAAACUACACCCAUUCCACAUCAGCAGACCGCUGAGCCCCGCUCACAGUCGCAAUCUCCCGUAGAUAAGGCCCGACAAACACCACCCAAACCACCGCGAACCUCCACUCCAACGCGGCGUUCGCAAGCCGCUUCGCCCACAAAAACCUCCUCGUCCUCGGUGCACACAUCAUCUGCGACGGCCACGGGUACUCCCUUGAAGAAGCCCUAUGCACACAUCGAUCGACAAUCAGUGCACUCUACCGAUGAGCCUGUCGAAUCCUCGGAGUCCGAACGCGAUUCCGACUUGGCGGCGGCGGCAGAGUCCAAACGCCGCCAUCUGGCAUUGAAUGUGGGAUGCAUUGAAGAUCACGAAAGUACCGGUUUGGUGUCCCAGGAAUCGUUUGACGACGAGCUUCCCUACAUACCCACAAACUUGCCAGAGGAAAAGGGUCAGGUGGUGCCUCUCAUACCCAUGAAGGAGAGGGCCAAUAUGGAGCUCAAGACAUGUCCAGUGGAGAGGCCACGCUCUACCACUCCUCUAAAUCCUUCCCACUUAGAGGAGUACUGUGGCAUUGUAAACACUCCAGAUGCUACGCAUGACUUCCCAGGCGUGGUGCCAGUGCGAGGGGAGAAACUGCGCAUUAGCUUGCCACGCAAGGAUUCCAAAAAGGACAUACAAAGCAGCAAAUCCCCCAGACGUAUAUCGAAUGCCAGUGGCAAGUCUUGGUUCGAAUUCGCCGAGGAGGGUCUUAGAGCAACUGCAGCCCAUCUGGAGCGCAAGGAUUCCAACAAACAACUGCUGCAACAGCAACAGAAGCUGCCAUCCACCGCAGCAGUGGCGGUUCGUGAGUCACCGAAACAAAAACAAGAGGUAACAAAACCUAAAACUCCAACCACCAAACCUAGAACUCCGACACAAAGAAAACUCUCUGGUCAUUGGAUUGACUUUGAAAAUAUUCCAGAAAAACGAAAACCCCCCAAGAAAAUAACCACCUUGCCAAGGGACAGCACCAGUGGGAAGACCUCCUCAACUCGAUCCGCGGCUCAUGGGAAAACUCUGCCGGGCAGCGGCUCUGGCAGCGGAGGAAAUGCCAGCGCUGCCUUCACGACACACCAAGCAUUCGAAGCACAACACAAACCCCCACCACCGGAUGUAACAGCCACAGGAACUGCAACCACAUCAACGGCAUCUACCAAUCAAUCGACCACAGAUGGCGCUGGCACUCCCCACUAUGACUAUGUGAAACCAGAAGACUGCCAAUGUGAAUGUCAUGAAACCAAAACGAAAGAAGCACAUGCCACCGGCUCCUCCAGCACCACUGGUCCAGCAGGGGCUACACAUUGCACUGGCACUGCUGCCGCGACAUCAGCAGCAGCAACAACAACAAGCAACACUACUAAAGCACAACAGGGUGUAGAUCUCUUGCAACAGGGUGAGGAUAUGCUACCACUAUUGAGUCAGGACUCCCAUGAUGGCAUCGAACCAAGUGACUCUUCACGUGAAUUUAGCUGUUACACAGAUGAUGAAAUGGAUUUACCAACACGUAGUUCUAGUCGUUCCAAAAGUAGUUCUUCAAGGGUGGAUGAAUUUCCCCGUCGUGAUGUCCCAGCUCACAAUACUAGACAUAAGAAAUUUCCCGAUAAAUAGAAGUAAGUGGUGUCGUUAUCCUCUACCCGAGAUAAACAAAAAAAAACCUAAAAACCAAAGGCAACAGAGAUCAACCAACAAUUAGGCUAAAUGAAAAUGUUCCAGUUUCCUCUAUAGAAAAAUUGAAAUUUUUUUUAGUGGAAAUUAAAUUUAAUCAACUGCGUACAUAUCUACGUAGAGUCGUGGUAUUACUUUUUGUUUGUCUUUGUUUUAUAUUUUUGUAUAUUUUCUAGAAAUCGUUGCAUACUUUUGGGCAAAUGUGAAUAUUAUAUUAAGUAGUGGUGCAAAGAGUUUUCUCACUAUAAGACUAGUUUUAUGUGUAUUUAUUCAAAUGAUAAAAAGUCUGGCCACUAGCUAAGUGCCGUGAUAGAACUAAGCCAAUGUUGUUGUUAUGCGAAUAUUAACAAAUGAAUCUACAUAAACCCCAAAACAAUUUCAAUAGGAUAUGUUUUCUUAUGAACUUUGUAGAACAAUUUUCUAAAUGACUUCUAUGUAACCCCUUUGGUAGACUAUAAUCAAACUAAACAAUUGGCAAUUUUCUUUUUUUAAACCAAAUAUCUACUUUAGUUGUUAGUUUUUAUUGAAAAGUUGUUUAGAAUAAGCAACUGAAUAGGAUGCCAGAAAUAAAUUAUGAAAUUUUGAGAAAAAGUUUAUUGAAAAUUUCUAAAGAAGAGUGAAUCUUCUAAGCCUUUGUAAAUGCUGUCCUUCUGUAAAAUUUGCUGUGGUUUAAAAUAUGGUUAUAAGGCUAUAAACCCUGAAAUUAUAAUUAUUAACGUAACAGUAUAACACUUUGGUCAAAGGUUUUGAAGUAGCCUUCCAUUAAUUUCCUUUACGAACAUAUUAUUUCUGUGAUUUUAUUGUUGACCUAUGAAAUUUUAUAACUCUGUCUUCUUGGUUUAGCUCGAGGUCAUCGAACAAUGUACAAAAAUAGGUGUUGAUAUUUUAUAUAAUUGUUUUAUAUGUAAUUUUUACCGAUAUUUCGACCACCGCCGGUGAUCUUCCUCGGGGUUUUAAAUUUUGAAACAAAACAAUCGACUUUUCCUUUAUAGCGCACAGUCGAUCUUGUAAAUUGUUCGAUGACCUCGAGCCAAACCAAGAAGACAAAGUUAUAACAUAUUAUUUCCUUGAAAGAAAACAUUUAAAACAACAAACUAGCAUCCCAAUAGUAUGAAUCGGGAAAACACAGGCAUUAAAACCACCUUCUUCAAAGUGUUAUACUUAUACCAAAUUAUAACGAAUUCAGUUUGCCUUUAAUUGAUAGUUCUUUUACAUUUUCCUUACGUCAAACUUACAAUCGGAUAAUAGUAUAACAAUUGGAACAGCAAAUUAGGCGAAUGUGUUUGUUUAACAUUGAUUUACAUAAAUAAAAUACUACUGUUGUUGAAAUAGCCUUAUAGCAAUACAGCAAUUUCCCAUCUGAAUUUCUAAUUCAAUCGAUAGUUUUAACUAAUAUUAUAGUUAAAUAAGUAAAAGCGUACUAAGUUCGGCCGGGGGGAAUAUUAUAUACACUCCACCAUAGAUCGAUGCUUACAUUAGAAAAAUGGGAUUUUCGCCUUUUCCUAACACAAGUGCUGCCAAUUAAUGAUAUAACCAUAGUUUUUUCUUUGUGGACUAUAUCUUAAACUCUUUUAAAAUUAAUCAAUAUAAUUUUAUGGCAAUGCUAAUUUUGCCCAUGAACAUUCCAAUAAGGAACAGGGGCAAACUUCUGUAGAAUUUUCAUGGGCUAAAUUUGCAUUUGCAUUUACAAUAAAAAAUGGAAUAUAUGCUGAAUAUGCCCAUAUUUGAAAUGGAUUAUUCAACGAACUAAAUGUGUGAAAUUUAUUGUAUACUGAGGCAUACUUUUUGAACUACAUUUGAAAUUCUCCUACAUAUAUGUGCGAUAGACUAUAAGCGGAAACUACUGUAUAAGCGAAAUUCUCUUUGGACUAUAUCCGAAAUUCUACAAUAUGUGCGAUGGACUAUUAAAAGAAAAUUACUAUAUAUGUAUUCUUAAAUUUAGUUCUUCAAUAAAAUGAAAUUACAUUUUUAUUUUGAUUCCCUUGCAGUAUAUUGUCCGGCUUUAGACCAUUGUUUAAUGCUUUCUAUUCACAGAAUAGUAUAGCAAAAUGCAUUUAAAAGUCGGCAUUUUUUAUAAUCAUUAUAACUUUUUUGCUUUACUCUGCUAGAUGAAAAAUUUUAAUGACUUAUUUCUGGAAUCGUUAGUCAGUUGCUUUAUUUUUUAUAGAAUACAAAUUAGACGAGUUUAUAUAGAAUCAGGGAACUUUUUUUAGAUAUUGUUUUUUUUUUAACAUUUAUCAAAUUUCUAAUAUAAAAGGGAUUUUUGUUCAAACGAUAACUGAAAACAGCAAAAAUAUGAAGUGAAUUGUUAAAAGUUAUGACUCCCCCAAAACGAUAAACAAAAUAAAAAAGGAAAAUGUAAACAACAAAGCAAAACUGCCAUCACAAUGGUACAUUAAACUAUAUACAUACACAACUCUACAUACAUGAAAGACAUGAACUACUACAGGUCGGCAUAAACUUUCAUACACACAAACAAAGGAACUAUGUAACAAAAGUAAACAAAUACAUAAUAACAUAAACAGACACAUACACAUACAAAAAUAUAUACAAAUACUAAAAACAUGGUCUAAUAACAUGCAAACUAUAGCAAUAUAUUUGAAACAAUAUACAUACAUCUAUAUAUGAAACAUAUACAUAUAUAUAUAUAUAUAAAUAUACCCAAAUACAUAAAAACAACAUGCUAAACACAAGAUAAACAACAAUUAGACUUUUAACCCCCUAAAUAACUCAAACGUAACUGAAUAAAAUAAAACAAAAAAAUAUAAAACCCCUAACUUGCAUAUGUGAAAUAAAACGAAUAAUGAACAUUAACAGAAUUCUUUAAAUAUGUAUUUUUAAUAAUUUUUAUAAGUGUAUUCCAAACCACCCACAAAUCCCUGUAAUAAUCCUUGAUAUCCUUUCACUAACUUUGUUCACCUAAUUUUCAUAUUAACUCUUGUCUUUGUGUUACAAAACAUUUAACCUUUAAGAAAUGCUCAUAUGCGCCUCUAGAUAGUGAAACAUUCACACGGAAAAACAAAAAUGCAGCAGACAUUCAAAAAAAACGAAAAAUUAAAACAACCAACAACUAGAAAAUCACUAUAAAACUUUAAACUAGAAACAUACAUAUGUAUUGAACUUAAACAAUUUAUAUGAGAUAAUGUAAAAGAAAAUCAUCUUAAAUUUCGACUAUACACUUUAAUAAAAAAUUAAGAAGAAAAAGAAAUACGGUCUAAAGACAAGCCUAAAGAGUAACAUAAAUUGAAAUUAAUCGAUAAAUUUUGUUAUUAUAAUACAAUACUUAUGGUUUUAAAUGUUUUCAUUAGCAAUGAACAAAAGAGGAAGAGAACAACUUAUACCAAUUUUCUUAACUAAAUUCUUUUUAAUUUUUUCUAGCUUAACUGACAAGAUAUUUGUUGGAGAAGUAUCAAAGAAAUUUAAUUAUUAAUAGGAUAUUUCAAAUUAUAAUCUUUAAAUUUAAACAAAUGCAUUUUUCUGCUUGAGUUGAGUUUUUAAAAUACCCUGCAGCUCUAGAAGCUCAAAAUGUCAAAGCAGAACAUUUUUUUUACAACUUCAUAGACCACAGAAGAAUCUAUUAUGUCUAGGAUAAAGAGUGGCAAUAUAAUAAAUUGUAAAUCAUAUGAAAACAACCUUUUAUUGAAUAGAAAACAAAUUUUCCUAACAACAUCAUAGAACCAAUUACGUCUAAGAUAAAGAGUGGCAAUAUAACAUAUUGUAAAUCGUAUGAAAUUAACCUCUUAUUGCAUAGAAGAAGUAAAUUUGAGAUAUUACUGGCCGAUUGGUUAUGUUUCAUUUAAAGAAUACGUUUGAUCUGUGUAACAUUUGUUCAAAAAUUUAAAGCUGGCAACAUAAGGUUCUUAACGAAUCUAUGUUAUACCAUUCAUGUAGAAUAUUUGUAAUUUACAUUUGAAAACCCUCCUUUGAAGCACCGCAUUGCGUAGGCGUAGAGGUUGGAUUCUUUUUAUACCCAUGCUUCCUUACUGUAACUACAUUUUGAUGAUGGGGAUACUAGAACCUUGCACUGGUAAUCCGAGCUUACUGCCGUAUCAGUGAACGGGAAGCUAGUACUUGAUCAAAUAUAGAGUUUUCAAAGAAACUUCAAAGAGGGAAUCAAGAACUACAUUUUGAGGAACGGUAUACAAGCCUCUGGUGCGGAUCAAAACCAGAACCUUGCACCGGUAAUCCAAGCUUACUGCCGAAUCAGUGAACGGGGAAGCUAGUAGUUGACCAAAUAUUGAGUAGUCAAAGAAACUUCGAAGAAGGAAUCAAGAAAGCUCUCAAUGAGCUCUACUUUUGUUGUAAAUAGAUAGUAAAGAGUAAAGGACUUAGGUCGGAAGCAACACACUGCAUUUAUGUAACUACGGUUGGUUCGUAAGUAAGAAAUACUUAGAAAAAACAAGAAAUACUUACUUGUUUUUCGUUUUGGCCUUGGGAGAAGUUUUCACAGGAUUAAAGAAACAGUGUAAAGUAUUGCGUCGGUAGCAAUCUCUUUUGACGUUCGGACUUGACUAUAAAAAGGAGGUCCCUUAUCAUUGAGCUUAAGCGUGAAUCGGACAGCAAUCAUGGAUAUGUGGGAAGUUUGCCCACUUAUUGGAAUAUUCGUGUGCAAAUUAGCAGACUUCUACACGUUUAUACUAAUACUGUGGGAACAACGCAAUACCGCAUACCGCGCCAUAUGAGGGUAGAGGAAAAUAAGUUUGCUAGGAGGAUAUUACUUAUGAACUAGAUAUACAGGGUAGCCGACACGAUACAUAUAUAUGACCACAUAUUUAUACCCUACACCACCACUGUGGUACAGGGUAUUAUAACUUUGUGCAUUUGUUCGCAAUGCUUAGAAGGAGAACAGCUAGACCCAUUGACAAGUAUACCGAACGGCUUAGAAUCACUUCCGGAUUAAAAUUAGCUAUGUCCGCUGGUCUGUCCAUGUAUUCUAAGUGUCUUUUUUGGCCCAAGGACGAACACUAUUGAUUUUGAAUAAAAUCGGAUCAGAUUUAGAUAUAGUUCCCAUAUUUAUCUUUCAUCCGAUAUGGAUUUUUAAGGCUAUAAUAGCCACAAUUUUAGUCCGAUCUUCAGAAAAUUUGGCAUGGGGUGUUUUAUUCGAUGUCAGUCCAGAUUUGGAUAUAGUUCCCAUAUAUAUGUUCGUACGAUUUGGACUAGUAUUGUAAUAAUUUGGUCAUUUCUUAACCGAUUCGCACGAAAAUUGGCACAAUGGAUUACCUUAUGAUCCCCGGUAUAGCUUUGAAUUUAAUAGAAAUCGGUUUAGAUUUAGAUAUAGCUCCGAUAUAUAUUUUCGUCCGAUUUUGAAUGAUAUCAUUCAGUAAUUUGUUUGUUUGUUAUGAAGGCUUCUCUUACAACCCUUCCGAUGACUGAUGAACUUUAUCGAAAUUUGUUCUGUUUUAGAUAUAGUUCCCAUAUAAGUGAAAAUCGGGAGAUGCAUUGAGGCCUUUGCUAAUGAAUUGAUUGCGAUUUACUCUAUGGCUGCUACAAUAUGUACAGAUUUUGAUCGAAAUUCUACAUAACAAAUUUUAAAUUCGACGACUUAGCCGCUAGCCCAUGCUUACUUGUUUACAAUGCUAUCGUCGUCAUACAGCUCGUGGUUCAUACGACGCCUACAUUCUCCAUUAACGCAGAAUGGUCCAUAUAUAUUAUAUAGAACUGGAAUCGGGCAUGGGAACUUCUGCUUGACUUUUAAAGAAAAAAAAAAGGAUUAUAAACGGUCAAAUGCCUUCCGUUAAUGGCCAUACAGUCUUCUUGUCUUUCUGGUCUACUGUAGGAACUCGAAAGGGAAAAUUCUAGCUAACAUUGUAGAGUACCAAAAAAGGGCUUUUUUAUAUUCCCUUCUAAAAAUUUCCAUUUGGCCCAAGCUUCAAUCGAAAGCUUUGCUUCUUGGCUUCUGGGAGUAGAGCUGACAAAAUAUCGAUAAUCGCAACGUUCGAUAUUUUCGAUAGUUUUCGAUACUAUCGAUAAUUUCGCAUCACCUAUAUUUCAAACGAAAAUGAGAAAUAAAAAUCUGGAGAUCGAUUUAUUUAAAAGCAAUAUCAAUGUACAGACCAAAUAAAACCAAGGUUAAAAAGUCAGUUGGAAGUAAUGAGAGAAAUCAUUGUACAAAAUGUUAGUCGAAUCGGACGGAGAUCGCACCCUCUGUAGGCGCAAUGUAUUUUGAAUUAUUGCCCAUUUUUGUUAUUCAGUCAAAAAAUUAAAUAUCGAUAGUGACAUCGAUAUUUUGCCAGCUCUAUCUGGGUGUCGAUAUUUUCUAUGAAACAGGUUUUUAUAAAUUUUCAUUAUGAGUCAAAGCUCUUAAGCCGUGAAACAUUCUCAGUUUACACAUGAAUUAUUGCGGGGUAUUAAAAACGCUUCUCAGAUAAUUCUUGUCAAAUACUAUGUAUGUCCAAUUGACUAUUAUAAUUUAAAAAAAAAAAUCUUUUUAUAUUUGAGUUUUUACACCGUUCAUUUCUUUUAAACAAAAAACGAAAAUUUCGAUAAAAACCCAAACCUUGGAUGCCUCUUGAAACUUAAUAAAUUUCAAAAUACAUACAGAAAAUACUAUUAAUACUUAUACUAACUGUAUAUUUAGUCUGACAUUUUUGUAAAACAUUUUCUUCACACACAGACACACACAAAAUGAAUUCAUACAACAUUACUUAAAAAAACUA